UGUAUCUCGUUUAUGUUUUAAGGCGGGCUAAGAAGCGGGAGGUUUAAAUUGUCCCGCUUAUACAUUAAUAUAUUGAAAUAAACAAUAUAUAAAUACGUUUAUAAAACGAUCUGAUUAGGACGCAUAACUGGAGCAAACGAAGAUGUUUAGAGAAAGAAAGCACCUUCAGGAGCUCCCCUCCUCCAGUGGGAACUUGCGAAAGUGGACACAGCUGCAGGAAACCAAGACGACACACAAGGCCCCUUUCGUGGACAAUUGUGAAAAUGAGUGCACUCCUCACGAUCUGAUACAAAGCUGGUCUCCCCCGCAGAAAAGACCCAAAAUCUGCAAAGGGAAAGAGAAUGAAGACGUCUCCUUUGUUCUCGCUCGGAGGCCAAGGAAAAAGAGAGAAUGCGAAGCAGUGAUUUCCUGGGACAGCCUACCAGACGAGCUGCUACUGAGAAUAUUUCAUGGCCUUCCGUUGGUUGACCUACUGAAGGUUUCCCGAGUGUGUAAACGUUGGCACUGCCUGGCGUUCGAUGAGUCUCUGUGGUACAGCGUUGAUUUGACCGGAAAGGCACUGCUUGCGCCCGCCCUCAGUCAGGCCCUGUCAGUCGGGGUGGUGGCCUUGCGCUGCCCCAGGACCUGCAUAGGCAUACCUUCUCUCAAAAACCUAAGGUCACUGCGUGUUCAACAUCUGGAUUUAUCCAGCUGCACCAUGAGCGUAGCAGUGCUUGAGGACGUCAUUGGCCGUUGCUGCAGGCUCCGGAACCUCAGUUUGGAGGGACUGGUUCUUUCAGAUCAAGUCCUAAUAUGUUUAGCACAGAACCCUGAGCUGCUGCGAUUGAACUUGUCUGGGUGUUCAGGAUUCUCUGCACAUUCACUGGGAGAGAUGCUCCACCACUGCACGCGCCUGGAAGAGCUGAACCUGUCCUGGUGUGAAUUCACUUCGGACCAUGUUAAAGCAGCCGUGAACAACAUUCCUGAAAGUGUCACACAGCUAAACCUCAGCGGGUACCGCCAGAACUUGCACAUUGCUGAUGUGGAGGUAUUAGUGGAGAGAUGUCCAAACAUUACUAACCUAGAUUUGAGUGACAGUGUCUUGCUGACAUCAGACUCUUUUCAGCAUUUCUGCAAACUCCCAGCCCUCCAUCAUCUAGCCCUGAGCCGGUGUUACCAGAUCCACCCGGCGGCCCUGGUGGAUUUUGAGAACUUUCCCUCUUUGAAGAUGCUGGAGGUUUUUGGGAUCUUGCAGGACACAAGCCUACCGAUUUUGACAAAAGGCCUGCCGCACAUUAAAAUCAACUCCUGCUAUUUUACCACCAUCGCCCGACCCACUGUGGGAAGCAAGAACAGCAGGGACAUCUGGGGCAUCUCCUGCAGGCUGACCUACAGAGCUCCGUUCACCUCAUAGUGAAGGGGCACUGACAUUGCCAACCUGACAUUUAAAACUGCAGAGGUAGUUUUGGGACGGUGGUGGUGGUGGUAGCUACUUCACCCUAAAGUUUCAAAUACCCCCUCUGACAAUAUGCCGCCCCACACAAAGGACACGGCUAUUUUAUGCAAUAUUUUAAACAAUGGCUGAUUUUAGCAUAUGUGCAAAUGAUGAUGGUGAUGGAGAUAAAGGUAUCAUUUUUAGAAGUUGUAACGAUAACUUGUUUCCAUUGUAUUGUUUUAAUGUUCACCCCUUCCACUGGAGUGAAGUAGUGUUAUUUUUAUUUAAAUACCCAUUACUUACAUUACUCAACUCUCCUGUAUGGGUAGUUUGAAAUACUGUGCUUCCAGGCAAGAGGAUUUAUAUGUACAUAAGUCAUGUUUUAAGGUGGUUUGCUGUAGUUUCUGAUCUACAUGGAAUUGUGAUAGGUGUGGUAACUGCAUUGAACGACCUCAAGUGUGGUGUCCUCCUCGUAAUUGUACUGUUAAAAUGGGCUCGGAGGAUAGAUAAAUCAUGUAUUCUGAAGGAAAACUAUAGACAGAUGAACACAGUAGCUGAAAUGUUUACAUGCCGACUUAUAGUUUUCCCCACAGGUAUGAUUUGACUUUUUUUUAAAGUUUAGGAAUUCUGGAUUUUUUGGGUACAACCGGACCAGGAUUUUUUUAAUUUUAAAUCUGGCAGCUGCUGUAGUUGUAGGUUAAAUGUUUGCAUAUUAAGACACUCAGAAAUUGACUGACUAGUAUAGUUGUAUUAAUAUUGUUUUUUCUUGUUGAAAUGUUACAUGAAGUUGAUGCCUGUAACGCUACAUUGUAUAUGUUGACUAAAACUAGACUAAAGCUUUGUACUCUACUGCUGUUACUUUUUCUGACUUGGAAUGUUGCCCAAUCAUUGCAAGACUGUAAGUAAACAUUAGCAGACACAAUACUAAAAUAAAGGAUUUUAAUUAUCUUGGGAUAUUGAAGUACUGUAUUUCUCUAUUCACCCCUGUAAUGUACUGUUAUCUGUAUUCAGUUAUUUUAAAGUGUUAAAGGGUGAAACAAGUGUCUGGGUGGAUGCAAUUAAUAAAUAGAGAACAGCUUCGUCAGCUACAUUGUUGUCUCUUAUGUCAUACAAACAAACCCUGGGAAAUUGAAAUUCAAAACUUAAUUCAAUAGCUUCUUUGUACAACACCUUGUAAACAGGUUGGCUCGUUUGGUGACGUCAGGCCAAGAAAUGCAGGACACAAAAGGGCGCUGAUGCGCCGAUGCGCAGGUUUAUUGUAAAAUAAAAGGUUUGAACAAAACAGAAACAAAUGCUGAACUCAAAACAAAACGGCACAUU